UUGUGGGCUUGUGGAACAAAUCUCAAAGGAAUACCAAGGCACAAGAGAAAGCAAGCAGCAGCCUCAUUUAAACAUGACUGGAAAAGAUGACGUCAAAAAGGAAAGCAAGGGCAGAGGAAAGUGUAAAACAGUGUUUGGCUACCCCAUCAGCAUCUUUUUCAUUAUAGUAAAUGAGUUCUGUGAGAGGUUCUCCUACUAUGGAAUGCGAGCUGUGCUGGUGCUGUACUUCAAGUACUUUUUGCGAUGGGACGAUGACUUGGCCAUCUCCAUCUACCACACCUUUGUUGCUUUCUGCUACCUAACCCCCAUUCUUGGGGCCGUUAUAGCCGACUCCUGGCUUGGGAAGUUCAAGACGAUCAUCUACCUGUCGAUCGUUUACGCGAUCGGUCAGGUGGCGAUGGCCGUCAGCGCGAUCCAUGACAUCACUGACUCAGACAGAGACGGGUCUCCGGACAAUCUCACCUUUCACGUCGUGCUCUCCAUGAUGGGUCUCCUGCUCAUUGCUCUUGGUACUGGUGGUAUCAAGCCUUGUGUGGCUGCCUUCGGUGGAGAUCAAUUUGGAGAUCAUCAGGACAAGCAAAGAAGAACGUUUUUUUCAGUUUUCUAUCUCUGCAUCAACGGUGGAAGUCUUUUGUCAACCAUCAUAACUCCCAUCCUCAGAGCUCAGGAUUGUGGGAUUCACAGUAAGAGCAAGUGCUACUCUCUUGCUUUCGGAGUGCCUGCAGCCCUGAUGGCGGUUUCUCUCGUGGUGUUUAUCAUGGGGAGUGGCAUGUACUACAAAACUAAACCAGAGGGGAAUAUCAUGCUCAAGGUGUCUAAAUGCAUAGGGUUUGCAAUUAAAAACCGGUUCAGACACAGAAGCAAACAAUAUCCAAAGAAGGAGCACUGGAUGGACUGGGCAGAGGAAAAAUAUGACAAACUCCUCAUUGCUCAAAUCAAAAUAGCACUGAGGGUUCUCCUCUUGUACAUCCCGCUGCCCAUGUUCUGGACCCUUUUUGAUCAAAAGGGCUCCAGGUGGACACUACAAGCCACCACAAUGGAUGGGAAUUUUGGGUCAAUCGUCAUACAGCCCGAUCAGAUGCAGACAAUCAACCCCAUCCUGAUUCUGACUCUGGUUCCCAUUAUGGACAGCCUGGUAUUCCCUCUGAUUAAAAAGUGUGGUCUGAACUUUACACCUCUGAAAAAAAUGACUGUUGGGAUGAUUCUAGGAGCUCUUGCUUUCGUCUGUGCAGCUGUGAUCCAGCUUCAAAUCGACAAAACCUUGCCUGUCUUCCCAUCGGCGUCCCAGAGUCAGUUGAAGUUUCUUAACAUGGGUAAUACUCCGAUUACUGUUGAGUUUCCAGAAAAUCAGCUAAAUCUUGCAGGAGCUCUGGCCAGUGAAGAAUACUUCAAAUUUGAAAGUGAUCAAAUUACGGUUUUAAUUGCCAAUCCUCCAGUAUCAAAAAUUGUUCCCCUAACCAAAGGGCAGCGACAAACACUUCUCAUUCCCUCUGCAAUCAAUGAUGAAUGGCUACUGGCUUCUGAUCUGAUUUACAAGCCACAAGAAGGAAACAAUGAAAUCAGAUUCAUAAAUGGAAUGAGUACACCAGUGGAAGUCUCGUCAGCUGCAGACCAUUAUGGUCAAAUUGAACCGUUGCAAUAUUCAAACUACUCCGAGAUAAAAAGUGGAAGGGCCACAUUCACCUUGCAGAACGGGUCACAGUCAUGUGAAUACAGCAAGGAUUUUGGAUUUGGAGGCUCAUACACUUUCUUCAUCCCCAGCACAUUAACAUUUGGAUCAAACUGUCAAGAAUCUAUAACUGAGUCAGUGGACAUUAAACCGAACUCGGUGCACAUGGCCCUUCAGAUCCCACAGUACUUCCUCAUCACCGCUGGUGAAGUCAUGUUUUCUGUUACUGGCCUGGAGUUCUCCUAUUCACAGGCACCCAGUAACAUGAAGUCAGUGCUGCAGGCGGGCUGGUUGUUGACCAAUGCCGUUGGAAACUUUAUCGUCCUCAUUGUGGCAGAGAUUGCAAAACUUCCCAAACAGUGGACAGAGUAUAUCCUCUUUGCCUCUCUGCUGCUGGUGGUGUCCAUCAUCUUCUCCAUUAUGGCGAGUUUUUACACUUACAUCGACCCCACAGCGAUCGAGGCCGAGUUCAAGAAGAAAAGUCGCGAUGAUGAAGAUGAUGAAGAUGAUGAAGAUGAUAAGAAAAAGGAGCCGCAGAAAUCAAAAGAGAUGGAGAAGAGAGAUUCAGUUAGCAGUGACGAUGAAGGCAAGAAAUAUGUUCAAACCAGCAUGUGAACUAUAGCUAUGAGGAAAUGAAUCUAUGGUGUUGACACAAAAGUAAGAAUUUACAGUAGGUGUUAAUUUGAGUUAUGUUUAUACUGUUCUUUUAUACUGUAAUGCACAAAGGAUGCUAUAAGCUAACAAAGUCAGGCAUGUAAAAAUGUAUUGUGCAAAAAAAACAACAAAUUAAUUGAUCUGUCAAUUUGCUAAAUAUCUGAGGGCAACAGACUGUGUCUUUUAAGUCCAAGUUAAAUCAACAUGAUUACAAAAUAUUGCUUCUUCCUUGUUUUUGUUUUUUUUCUUUUUUUGCUUCUUUUAUUGAAAAGAUGUACCCAAAGUGUUGGAAUCAUGAUACCGCUUUACUUAAAAGUAUCAUGUUUUGCAAUCUCUUAAUACGAGAUAAUGGUUCUUCCUUUUGCUAGUAUAAGAAGUUGGUUUUGAAACAAAGUCAGUCUCCUUUCUUUUAUUUAAGUUCAUUUGGAGUGACUGAGAUUCACUUAAGGAUGACAGAAAAAAGAGAUUCUCCAAUAUCUGGGACACUUGCACAGUGAAACACAGUUCUAGAGAGUGUUUCUUUCCUCUCUUGUUUUGUAUUUUAUUUCAUUAAAAUGUGUUUACAAAAUUUGUAAGAAAUAAGAUUAUAGCUGUGGCACUCAGGAUUUAUUGAUAAUGCUGCAUUUCCUGGCUUUUUUAGUUGAGUUUUUUUAAAAAUGUUUUUCUUUGGUUUGUAUUUUUAA